GCGUGGGUGGUGAUCACGAUAAUGUCAAGCGCCAGCGAUUUACUCCCGACAAAAUCACGCGCAUGCGCCUUUCCGCUUCUUUCGAAGCAGCAAUGGCGUCCUCCUUAGCGGUGUGCAGGUUAAAUAUGAAAGGAAGGGGCAGCCUGUUGAAGUUCCUCCAGAAGGUCGACACUUUUCUCCACAGGACUAUUGGAACCAACGUUGUUGCUGCGCAAGAAGAAAGGGAAGGAUGCAAAUCGUUGUAUGCUGUCGAGGCAGAGAGACAAGAACAGGCAGAGAGAUCCGUUCUCAUCAGCUGCCACUCCAGAACAAAUGAGAAGAAGUUCCUUAACUUUUUAUCAAGAUAUGGAGAUAUCAAUAAAUACUUCUUUUAUGAAAGCUAUGGCAUGUAUGCCUUGGUGGAAUUUACCAACCAAGAAAGUCUUUCCUCAUUAUUUGAAGAGGCUGCCAUCCCCAGUGUCAGCCAUGAAUCCAUAGUGCCUUUUAAAUCGAGACUGCUGUCACUGAGAAACCUUAGCCCAAUGGAAUCCCCAAACCACCAAGUGGGCCAACAGUGCCAACUACAAACCUCCAUCCCCAUCAACAAGCUCAUCCAGAGACUGUCCAGGGAGGAAAGUAUCGACCAACAGAUAACCUCCCUAACGGAUGUCUAUCAGCUAACAGAGGAGAACAGCAGGCUGCGUUUCCUUGUCUGCUCUCUGCUCAAGGACAUUGCUGCUGCUUAUUUCCCCGAUUGCACCAUCAAGGCAUUUGGCUCAUCAGUCAAUGGCUUUGGAAAGCUAGGCUGUGACCUGGACAUGUUUCUGGACCUGGAUGGCAUCAGUGAGAAAUGUGCAAAGAUGCCAAGAUCAGGUUUGUGGCUGGAGUACCAGAUGAAGCAGGCCAUCUCGGAGCGGGCUGUCACCCAGAGCAUUCUGUCCGUCAUCGGAGACUGUGUGGACCAGUUUGGGCCUGGUUGCGUUGGGGUGCAGAAGAUUCUCAAUGCACGAUGCCCCCUGGUCCGCUUUACCCACCAGCCCUCUGGUUUUCAGUGUGACCUCACAGCCAACAACAGGGUGGCGAUAAAGAGCACCGAGCUGCUCUACCUGUAUGGAGAGCUGGACCCGCGGGUGCGUCAUCUGGUGUUCACCGUGCGCUGUUGGGCCAGAGCUCACGGCAUCACCAGCAGUAUCCCCGGGGCCUGGAUCACCAACUUCUCCCUCACGGUCAUGGUGCUGUUCUUCCUGCAGAGAAGAAGCCCCCCCAUCAUCCCCACACUGGACAACCUCCGGGACCUUGCAGGUCCCACGGACAAGAGCGUGAUUGAGGGGAACGACUGCACGUUUGUCAGCGACUUUAGCAAGAUCCAGCUCCAAAGCAACACAGAAACACUGGAGAAACUGCUGUGUGAAUUCUUUGAGUUCUACGCCACCUUUGCAUUCAACAAAAUGUCCAUAAGUAUCCGAAAGGGAAAAGAGCAAAACAAGCCAGAGAUGGCCCCACUGCACAUCCAGAACCCGUUCGAAAGCUCGCUGAACGUCAGCAAGAACGUCAACGUCACACAGCUGGAUCGCUUUGUGGCGGUGUGUCAGGAGAGCUCCUGGCUGCUCCAGCAGAGGGAAACCAGCACACCCAAUGAGGGAAAGGCUCCCACACCAUGGGGACUGGCGGCCCUCCUCAUGCCCUCGAAGGUGGCCGGGAUCAAAGGUCGCAAGACAAGGAGACGGGAGCCGGCCAGUGAGAGGAUCAAAAGCUUGUUGGAAUCCUUGAAGACUACCAAUUAGCAUAAGAAAAGCUAAGACUCAUGGGAAAUCUCAAAAAGCAGCGCCAUCCUCUUCCUAUCACCCUAACUGCUUUGGUGGACACCUAGUGUUAUGGUUGUGCCUCACUGAGGAGGUGGUGAAGGGCAGCUUCUGCAGUUAAAUUCAUCUGCUGGUCUGUAAUUCCAAACAUGGGCACUGGAGGGCGUCACCAAGGCCUGUGAGCCUAUGUUUGGGACCUGGAAUAAGGGAGCGAUUACAGUACUUUUACUGUAGACUGGCCUACUCUGUUGUAAUUAAAGCCUCUACUAAAGAGUCCUUCCCGUGGCUCUUUAGGAGCUCAGACUGUUGAUUCACAUGUUAAUUGGAUUAAAAAUGUGUUGUGCAUGGAU